CGGUCACGCAGUCCGGAGUCACAUGAAACGUUUCAUAGCAGAUCAUUUUUAUGUGGCAAUUUCUGCGUUUUGCAGUGAACAUUCUUGGUUUUACAGCUGAAACUGCUCAAUAAUCUGCAGGAAGUUUUAAAAAUCCAAAGAUGGACGAAGACGGGCUGCCGAUAGUUGGUUCUGGUGUUGAUCUGACUAAGGUUCCUGCCAUCCAACAGAGACGAGUCGUUGCGUAUCUCAACCAGUUUGUCGUGCACACCGUCCGCUUCCUCAACCGCUUCUCCACCGUGUGUGAAGAGAAACUUGCCAACAUUUCUCUUCGCAUCCAGCAGAUUGAAACGACUCUGUGCAUUUUGGAAGCCAAGCUGUCCUCCAUUCCUGGGCUGGAGGACGUCACAAUAGAAGGACUCAGUCAGCAGCAGCCUGCUCAGGCUAACGGACCCAGUGGAGCCGCUCAGAGCCAAUCAGAAGCUCCAGCAGCAGCAGGAACCCCGCCCCCCCCACAGCUGGCAGCAGAGACGGAGACGCCGCCGAAGGCAGAAUCAGCUUCAGAGAACGUCCUGACGGUGGCCAAAGACCCGCGCUACGCCCGCUACCUGAAGAUGGUUCAAGUGGGAGUUCCAGUUAUGGCCAUAAAGAAUAAAAUGGUCCUGGAGGGUUUGGAUCCAAACUUACUGGACACGCCGGACGCCGCCGUGCCUGACGGAGGGAGGCGGAGCCUGGAGGACCCGGACGCCUCCAGCUCCGACAGCGAAUCAUCUUUCAGCGACUGAUGAGCGUUUGAUCAAAGCUUCCUGUAAACACGUCGCUGCUCUGAGUCUCUGAGUCUCUGAGUCUCUGAGUCUCUGAGUCUCUGAGUCUCUGAGUCUCUGAGUCUCUGAGUCUUUAGUGGUUCUGAGGACCAGAAGAAGAUCCAGCUGCCUGUCUGAGAGACUGUGACACGCUGCAGAUGCAAGUGCCUGAAACAGGAAACUCCAGCUAGAAUGAUUGUAUUUUCAGUGUAAAAGCACUGAAAUAGUGUUGCUCAUGGCCGCUCGGUGACCUCCUCACUUUUGAUACAUUUUUGACAUUAAAAAAGAGGAAAUAAUUUCCCUGUUUGUUAUGUUAGUCAUCAAAACAUGACAAGUCCUUCCUCUUCCGGUGGAGCUGGAAUGGAAAAAAAACAGUUUUUAUGUGGAUUGUGCACUGAUUGUUCACCAGAGAGCUACUUUAUCUAACAUAAGACUUUAUUAAAUUAUAUUUAACAUUGUUGUUUACACAAACAGUGUAUUACAUUGUCAGCCAAUUCUAUAAAUGAUAACUGUUUAUUUAUGGCUAAAUAAACAUAAUUACUGCAAAAAUGAACUAACAAAAAAAAAGAAAAUAAUAAUAAAAAUGUGUUGCAGCAUUUCUAAACCAUGCCCAGCCAUGUUUUCCGCAUUAUACAAUGUGUAAAAAACAUUUUCAUAAUUGCACAUAUCAGACAGCAUAUACACCGAUAUAAUAGGUCUUUAAUAAUAAUAAUCUAUAAUAUCUAUAAUAUAAUAUCUGUCAACUGAUAGGCUCAAGAAAACAGUGAAAGGCAAAACAUGUUUUGAUCCUGUUGGAAUUGUGCCAUGAAUUACACACAUAAAGUCAUGGAAAAAAUAUUAAACCACCUUUGUUUUCUCUAUUUCUUGUUUAUUUUAAUGCCUCGUACAACUAAAGGUACAUUUGUUUGGACAAAUAUAAUAACAUACUGAUAUCUCGACAUUUAGCAUGGUUUUCUUGACAAUGAUUUGGUUAUUAAGAAAAACAGGGAAAAUGUCAGAUAUCAGCUCUUAAAUUAAACUCUUAUCAGCUAUUUUUGGUGUUAUUAUAUUUGUCCAAACAAAUGAACCUUUAGUUGAACCAGACAUUAAAAUGAACAAGCUAUUAGAGAAAAUAAGGGUGGUCUAAUAUUAUUUUUUCCAUGACUUUAUGAUGUGUUAAAGAUAAUAAAUGAUGAUCAGUAAUGUAGGCGUGUCUCUGCUCUCGGUACUGACUCAGAUAACUUCUUCCACUGACUGUCUCUGUGUCUGUAACUGGAUAUUUGUAGUUAAUGUGUUGUUAACUAACCUCCGCUGGAAUGAAAAGUAAAGACACUUGCACUAAGACGUGAUAAACAACUUGUUCAAACAGUAAACUAAAUGUUUCUAUGUGUGUGUGUUGAUCAGGACUUGUGACUAAAUGCCCCAGGAUGUAAAAUAAUGAAGCCAAGAAGACUUGUAUGGAUGCAUAUUACACUAUAAAGACUGUGAAGUGUGGAGAAAUCUGGGGAAGCACUUUUUAGAUCUGUAAUAAAAACUCAUGCAAACAGA